AUUAUUUUUCCGACUUCCUCGUGCUCGCAACGUGAAAUUGUGGUCCUAAAAUUGUUUGUGCAAAAUAAUAAUAAUAUUAUAAAGAAAAUACUGUGUUUUGUGCUGAAAUAUAUAGUGUUUUUGAACGAAUAAUUUCUGAGGAAAACCGAUCGGUGAUCGUCGGCAUGCCGGCGUCGGUGUGAGAUGGACGGCAUACAGAUGGAGCCGAUCGGCAAAUACAAAGCCGAUAGAAACGGUUCAGCUAAGGCAGCUGCCUGGCGUAACAUGGUGGAUCAAGAUCUGGAUGAUGUCGCUUUUCUAGCUGACACAGACAAAGCGAGAGAAGCGAGAGAGCUACGCGAGGCUCCCGUGGCGGUAUGCUCACAGAGGCGAGCGCUAUGUCUCACAGCAGUCCUGUUCUCUGCUAUGUUCGCGACGGCACUGAUCGUGGUGUAUGCUGCUCCACAACCGGAUUGCCCAUGUGCGGGAGAAGCGACGUUAAUACCGGGACAACCACCGACUGAUUCUGAAGCGAGUGUGGCUGCUUCUAAUAAAGAGCGUAUAGCAAGCAACGGGGCGGUAUUCCCAUGGCGCGGCGCUCGACUGCCUACCUUCAUCAUACCUAAGCAUUACAGUCUGUGGCUACACCCUAACUUGACCACUGGAGAAUUACGAGGCGAAGUAUCAAUAGACUUCAAAGUAGACCGGGACACGACCUUCGUAGUCCUCAACGUGAGAGACAUGAAUGUCACUGAACGAGCUCUGUUCAAGUCUGGAGGGUCACUCGGACCUAAGGUAGCCAAGACCUUGGAGUACCCGCAGGCGGAUCAGAGCUAUAUUGAGUUUAAGGAGAAACUCCGUCGAAAAUACAACUACACUCUGAGUCUUCGCUUCAUCACCAAGUUGGAGAGGAGUGACAAGCAACGAGGCUUCUUCUUGACUGGAACACAUCGACAUCGUUGCGCAGUCUCACGUUUCUGGUUGACGCACGCGCGGUCAGCGUUCCCGUGUCUCGACGAACCGCACUUCAGAGCUUCCUUCAAAAUUACUAUCGUUAGGGACAGAUUCCACGUGUCUCUAACCAAUAUGCCCAUAGUGGCUACUGAAGAAGCCGGAUUCUAUUUGGGACAUCGACUGUUACAAGACGAGUUCUCAACAACGCCGCCGAUGGCUCCGCACAUGAUCUCGCUGGCCGUCUGUCGGUUACAACGCCGAGCGGCGCCGCUGUUACCGACGGACGCACCGAACAUUACCGAAGUGAACACGAUGGUUCCCGAAGCGACGGUUGAGCCCGAGGAAGAGGUUUUGCCGCCGGAGAUCAGUUUGUAUAGCGAUCAGCAAGUUAUAUUGGAUGAAUCGGGACCUCUUUUGGAAUGGGUGCAGAAAACUAUUCAACAUUUCUCGUACGAGCUGAACACUUCAUACCCUCUUCCAAAGUUUGACAUCGUAGUGGUUGAAGGCGGGAACCCAUACUCUGAAGGGUGGGGGCUGAUCACAUUGUCACCAACAACUCUAUCUGAUACCAAGACUAUUGCUAGACUGCUGGCUCAACAGUGGUUCGGCGGCACAGUCUCACCUCGCUGGUGGUCUUCCCAGUGGCUACUGGAAGCUCUGACAUCAGUCCUCGCAGAGAAGGUGCCCGCCCCUCCUCACAGUGACGCUCAGACCCCGGCAGACGCGCUACUGUUGGACCAUGUGCUACCGGCUCUAAGGUUGGACUCAAGUAACUCGGUGAGAGCGGUCGCGUCACCGCGGCUGGAGCGAGCCGACAUAGAGAGUGCUACUGAUGAACUCUCUUUACACAAGGGUGCAGCUAUAGUAAGUAUGGCAAUAGAGGCAGCGGGCGAGGCGGCCGGUCGCGCCGCACUCGCGCGACUGUUGCGCGACCAUCGCUUUGCUAGUGCUGAUGCCAGGGAUCUCUGGCGAGCAUUAGAACGUGACGGUCAAGAUGAUGGAGUAGGCAGUAACGCAUGGGAUGGGUGGUGUGAACGACCUGGAUAUCCACUGCUCUGCGCGUCUUCGUUAGGCAAUGAUGUGCUGUUGAAGCAAGAAAGGUUUGUGAUGUCAGCUGAACCACCGGAGGUAGAUCCACCCAUGGUGAACUCACUCCUCACCAUGGACCUAAGAGCUGAUCUGGACGAACUAUUUUAUGAGCCUGAAAACUUCACCGACGCAGAAGAAGACAUAAAUUCCACCACCACAGCCACCCCAACCACGACCACCACUCGCCGCCCCCCCACCAAAGCCACUAAAGCACCACCUCACAAGUGGGUCAUACCAGUCACCUUCGUGGUGGGACCACUCGAAGAGGAGGAAGAUAAUGUUACAGCCUGGAAGAAUGUUACGCAGAAUUAUCAUAAUGCUACUUGGUACGACGUGAGCGCAGAAAAUAAAACGAGAACUUCACGUUGGGCGGAAAAUGUCACGCAUCUUAUAUGGAUGAACGAUACUGAAAUGGUGAUACCAGACCUGGGUAGACACAAGUGGGUGAGGUACAACGUGGGUGCGAGAGGACUAUACCGCGUCGCACCUCAAGACAGGACUGAUGGGGAGUCAGCAGAAUCAGCAGCCCAGCGUUACGCGUCUCUAUACGCGAGCGGCGCGGCGGCCGAGCGAGCUCUCCUAUUGGACGACGCGUUCGUACUGAGCCGCGCCGCGCGCCUGCCCGCCAGCCGCGCUAUCGCUGCCGCCGCUCGUCUAAGCACAGAAACUCACUGGGCUCCCUGGAGAGUAGUUCUCACUCAUCUCUCCUGGUGGAGGGAGUUGCUUCGACUGGGGAGUUCAGGGCCUCAUCUCAACCGGUUGCUGAAGACAUUACAUCCGCCUCAAGUGGUUGUGUAUACUGCUGAGCAGAUACAGGCCGGGGGGUUGGGAGAAGAUUUGCUAUGGCUAAGUGGAGCACUUUUGACAGCAGGCGUGGAGUGGGAGAACGCUAAAGUGACGAAGCAAGCUGUGGACUUGUUCGAUGCCUGGCUCGAGACAAAUACGACAAUUCCUGAGAUAUAUCAAGAGGCAGCAUUCACAGCCGGGGUCCGUACACACGGCGAGCCAGCUUGGAAAGCCUGUUGGAAGGCCCUAACUGCCUCAUACGCUGCACCCAGACCUCUAUACUCUCACAGAGCACUACUCAUCGCUCUAGCAUCGCCUACAGACGAUUGGCUGUUCUAUAGGUUCGCGUAUACUACGUUGUCUACUGAAGCACAGCGAAGUCGAGAGUGGAGGAUGUGGGUCACAGCUCUAUUUUCAGCCACUUGCAGAUGGCGUGGCGCAGAAUCAGUGUGGCGCAUACUCCGCGCCGCCGCGGCGCUGCCGCCCGCCGCGCUACAGGCGGCCGCGCGCUGUCUGCCCGUACCCUAUGACUAUUACCGGUUCAAAGAGCUAUUCGGUGACGCUCGCGGCAUCGCAGCGGCUCUCGACACGAUCGCGCUAAACGCUGCGUGGGUACAGCGUGCCGACAGCGAUCUGCUGCGAUACUUCAACGCGUUGCAGCAUUAAGUGUAAGAAUAGUGUAAUUUUAAGUUGACGACUUUUUGUGGCGCGACUGUUGCGC